UUGCGAUGCGGAGAAUUGUGGUUAUUGAACAAAAGGAUAAUCCUAUGUUGAGAUGGGAUAAAUUACAAUUAUUAAUUUGGAAUACAAUAAUGCAUGAAUGAUUCGAAAGAAGUUCGUUAGAUUUAUUUUAGCAUUAUAUUUCUAAGCCGAAGAUGUGGAAAAGUGUAGCUCUGUAUUACGAUUGACUAGUACGAACAAUGUUAACCUGCACUGUUGCAGCAAGUUGGCUCAGCUUUGUUAUUGUACCAAAGUUUCAAAAGUAAAAAAGUGUACUUUGGCCAGUGAGUUUUAGUUGAUACUAGAUGUUUAUUGUCAUAACUGACAUUAGCAAACAGUUUUAUUUGAUGCAAAUCUAAUACUAUUAAUAGUAAUACUGUAAAUGUAACAUCGAGAAGUAUCUCACUACAAUUUGCAAACAGUACUAUUUUUACAGUAAGGUGAUUUACAUUCGAUAGACAAACCACAUUGUGUCUGUGGUGCUUUAAUUUUAAUUUCAUUUCACAGUUACAGUGAAACAUUUGAAUUGAGCUUGUAAUUGUUUGUUUCAUUGGAAGCCCACCCAUCCCCCAAAAAAAGCCAUGUCAUCACGAGAUUUUUAUUAUAGUAGAUCUAGAGGAAGAGGGAGAAACAGGCCACCUAGAGCUAGGGGGUUUUAUGCAAGGGGAAGAGGUCGAGGAAAGGAGCAUUAUAAGUCUCAUGGUUAUGAAGAUAAAUAUUAUAAGCAUGGUAAAGAAAGAUAUGAAAGUUCAAGAAGAAGACAUGAUAGGAAGCGCUCAUACUCACGAAGUAGAUCUCGGUCUCGAUCACGUAGUCACAGUAGAGAUAGCCGUAUUCAUUACUCUCACAAACGUUCAAGAACUAGGUCCUAUUCACGUUCUCCUUCCCACCACAGGAGUCGUUCUCCUCAAUCAUCCCAUGGUAGAAGUCAUUCUCCCUCCUAUAAUAGAAGUCGUUCUUCACCACAACGCCGAAGUCAAUCUCCUCCAUUAUCCUAUCAUCGCAAUCGUUCUCCAUCUUAUUGUCAAAGUUAUACUCCACCCUCACCAUCUAGAAGUAAGAGAUCAAGGGAAAAGGAAGUGGAUCGCACACCUGAACAUCCUCCAAGGAGUAGGUUACAGUCUUCACCAGAAGAAAGAAAAUAUCAAGAGCCUUCAUCGAAAUCUGCUAGAAGUAUAGAAGAAGAAAAUGUUGACAUUAAGAAAAUCCAUACUCAAUCCAUGGAGAGCUCUGAAAUGACUCUUACUUGGAAGGAUGAUAAUAAGUGUAGAAUCAAAGAAAUUGAAAGUAUGAAAAAUAGACCACUAAAAACAGCUAAGGAUAUGCCAAUUUUUUCAGAUGAUGAACUAGAUUGUAGUGAGAAACAAAAGAAGGAUAACAGAUACGAAAUUGAAUCUGGAAAAGAAAAUGACAUUCGAACUCAGCUAUUGGAGAGAGCCAUGAUGGAGAAACGGAAACUUGGAUUAGAUAACUUUGGUAGCACAGACAAGAGUUCAGCAUUAGAAGCAUUGCAGUGUUACAGUCGUGAUCAUAGUCCUCAUGCAGAAAAAGAGGAAGAAGUUAAAAGUAUGAAAAAUAUCUUAUCCAGAGAGAUCGUAGAAGACUCCAAAAGUUACUUGAGUCAAGAAAAGGUUUGUCAAGAACCAGAUAUGUUUGGAAGAAAACAAGAAAUUUCUGUUUUCCAACCCAUUACUAGCAGUAAGCCUCUUAAAUCUAUUUUGAAAGUUCGUAAAACAGAUGAGCACUCUGAAAGUUAUGGAACUGAAACUAUAAUUAAAAGUGCUCCAAAGAAAGAAGAAAGUUUUUCUUUUCUUCAAAUCCCAGGCCUAGGUUUUGAUGAUGAGGAGGAUGUCGAAGAGUUUUUGUAUGGUGAUAGUGAAAGUACCUCCAAAAGUAGCAUACACACUUCUUUAAAAUCUUCUUGUCCAGGAAUUGGAGAACAUUUUGAUAACAUUACAAAAAGUAAAAAAAGUAGUGGGUGGAGUGAUGAAGAGGAUAACUUUCAAAAUAGUGAUAGAGGUAUGUACACUAGAAAUAGGACUCCCAGUCCAGUACAGAGAGAUGAAAACUAUAAAACUGUUUUCAGUAACAGAAAGCAACAGUCUGAGUUUGAAGAAAGCACUAAAUCUGAAACUCAAAAACCUUCAUCUUCAUAUAGGAGUGCAUCAGUUGAUGAUGAUUUAAUAAUAGACUUGCAGUUACCAAAAGACAAAUGCAAUUUUUCAAGAGCUAGAAGUCCUGAUAAAGAAAGAAGCAGCUUUAAAGAACUGCCAGAAAAACAAAUGUAUGGGAUGUGGGAAUCUUCAGAAAGAGAAAGUGAAAUAGGCCACCAUUCUCCUUCAAGAUAUUCCAGAUCAUUGGAAGAUUCUCAUAGUCCCCCAUUGUAUUCUUCUGUUCAAAGACAUAAGAUGGAUGACAUCAGGGAAAACAAGCAUCUAAAGGUUGAAUCUGACAUACCUCAAUACAGCUUAUUUAGAUCUAAGGAUUUAAACAUAAAAAACCAAAAUAUGAGAGAAUAUGAAAACAGAAAGCAGACAGCUACAACUAGUUCUUUGUCAACACUUUAUGAAGAUUUGUCUAAAGAAAAGUUGAGAGCUUUAAAAGAAGAACUAGCUCAUCUCAAAUGUCUAGAAAGCAAACCUGGAAGUUAUGAACAACAUAAUUACUUAAGAAAAAUAGAGAAAUACAGCCCUGAAAAUUCAAAACAAAUAAUCAGGUUAGCAAAAAAAUUAAGUCCUUCAAUAGACUAUGCUGCUCAAAAAAAUUCACUUGAAAGAAAACAACUUAGCCCUGAUUAUGAUGUUGAUAAAACAAUAUCCCUCGAAAGAGGGGAACAUAGUCCUGGUUAUGAUGUUAGUGAUAAAAUUUUUCUUCAAAGAAGAGAUUUUAACCCUGUCUAUGAUCCUUCUAGGAAAAUGUUACUUGAAGGACGAGAAUUGAGUCCUUGUCGUGAUGAUAGAAAAACCUCAUAUGAAAGAGGAGAGAGUAGCCCUGGUUAUGAUGUUGUUAGAAAAAUGUCAAUUGAAAGAAGGGAACUUAGUCCUGCAAAUGAUGUUGGAAGGAAAACUUCAGCUGAGAGAAAAAAGGUUAGCCCAGAUUAUGAUGCUGGUUCAAAAUCUUUCAUUGAAAGAAGAGAACUUAGUCCUAGUUAUGAUAUUGACAGGAAGACAUUACUUGAGAGAAGAAAGCUAAGCCCUGUUUAUGAUGCUGGUAGAAAAAAAUUCAUUGAAAGAAGAGAACAUAGUCCUUGUUAUGAUGUUAGUAGGAAAACCUCAGUCAAAAAAAGAGAUCAUAGCCCUGAUUAUGAUAAUGGUAGAAAAACAUCUUUAGAGAGAAGAGAGUAUAGCCCUGAUUAUACAGAAUAUAGUCGAACCUCUGGCUUUGAAUUUCAGGGAAGAAAGAUGAAUGAAAGGGAAAGAUAUUCAUUGGAAAGUCUUAAAAGGAGUCCAUUUUCUGGAAGGUACCAGGUUAGUGAAGAAUCUUUAAGAAGAAACUCUGUAGAAAGAUUCUGUAGGUCAUUAGAGAAGAAAACAAAAUCUUCCAGAAAAUACCCCUUGGAAGAAAGAAGCUCUCUAAGUCCAAGGCGGAACUCUCUGGAUAGAAGGCAUGGUUCCCGAUCUUCUUACGAAGACACGCCUCAACAGAAAUACUCCUUUGAAAGAAGUCCAGAAAGAGAAUAUAUGGAAAGAAGAAGAAAAAGUCCUAGAAGGUCUCCUGAUAUCAGUCCCAGGAGAGAACAUUGGAACCACUCCCCUAAACAUUUGUCCCCAAGUCUAAAAAGAAGUCCACAAAAUAAAGUUUGUUAUGACUCUGGCAAACCUGUGGCUAUGGAUCCAGAGAAAAUGGAUGCAGAAGCAUGUGAACUUUAUGGAAUUAACCAAACAAUGCAGAAUUCAUCCUUUUUUGAUUGUGGUUUAUCUACACAUCCUGAAUUAAGUGGUAUUUUACCAAGACCGCCUGAUUUUGGUCACCCAGUGCCUCCAACUACUUAUCCACCACCUAAUUUUCAAGAAUCACAUGUACCACCAACAAGUGGUCAUGUUCCACAGGAUCACUUGUUUCCUCCACCUUUUACAUCAUUCCCUCCCCCAGGGUACCAAUAUUCUUCUUACAGCAUGCCUCCUGUGAUCCCUACAUACUCUCAACCUGUUGUUUUACCCUCUCUUUCUGUUCCUCCUCCAAGUUUGCCAUCGCAGUAUACACAACGUCCUCCUCGCUCCAACCUCAGAGUUAUUCCUUUGGAUUCAAAUAUCCAGAGCAAUCCUGUGGUGUAUGCACCAAAACCUGAAAUUAAAGUAGAACCUGACCAAAAGUUUGUUGAUUUGACUGAAGAAGAGAUGAAAGAAUUGGUGGACAAGAAGAGAGAGCUACGGAAACAAUUGAACUUGCUGAUGGCUGAAGUUGAGAGGUUGCGUAAGACACAAGGAGAAAUGAUGAGAAAAAAGCAAAGAGAAAAAGAUGGUCACAAGGACCCACUUUUACUGGAAAACAGCAAGUUACAGGAUGAAAUUGGCAAGCAAAUCACAGACCUGAAGAAAAUAGUUGAAGAAACAGAAAAAAAAAUAAAGUUUGGAAUGCGGCCUCUUUACUCGCAAGAAGCAGAACCUGUUCACCAAGAAUUUAAGAAAGCUGAAUUCAAAACAGAAGAAAGUAUUGAAGAAAUCAUGCGUUUUGAGUACUUUGAUCCAGGCAGCCAUUGGUGUAAACUGUGUAAUGAAGUUAAUUUCACUCUUCCCCAAGUGUUUGAUCAUCUACAUAGCAACAAACAUAAGCAGAGUAUGAAGUAUGGAAACCAAAGAUGUGGAUAUACCGGUAGGAGUGAGAGAGAAAUGAAGAAAGGCUCCAGAGAAAUAGGCCCAUUAUGUAGAUUCCAGACACCAGUCUAAGGAACAAAGUGAACCUAUGCAUGGUAUGUUAUUAUUGGCCAAUUUAAAUCUUAGUUCUAACAAAAGAGCAUAUAACUGAAUAGAAGUUUGCUUUCAUAAUGAUAAUGUUAGACUUUUAUGAAUUAGGAUUAUACAUAACAAUAUGCAUUCAGAGUAGAGUUGUUUCUUAUAAAGGAGCUGCAUGUUUACCUCUUAAUUUUUUAUACCAGUGUUUUUAACAUUAAACUAUUAUUAGUGCAAUGUCAGUUUAAUGUACCUAUCUCCAGAAUGGUAGACUAAUUUACAUGUUCUCAUCUGUAUCUAACACUAUAGUAUCAUAUUCAUAAGGAAUAUUGUAGGGACACAGAAAAGACUAAAGAAGAACUGGAGUACUUCCAGUAUUAGUGUUAAUAUUGUGCAAGUGAAGAAACAAUUGACCUGGAGUAUGUCAAAUAAUAAUGGUAAGUUUGGCACACAUAAAAAUAAAAUUGAGUAGGUAGAAAUACCUCCUAGCCAGGUAUAGGUGACAAAAGAACACAGACUGGAGUACUUCCAUUCCCAAUGGUAAGUCUGGCACAGAAUUGAGUGAAAGAGGCAAAAAUAUACUUUUUAACAUUGUAGUAUGUGAUGGAAUUUUAUAAAACAAUAAAUACCAAUUCUAGAAAAUGUAGAAGACAGAAUUAACAAUUUUAAAUACACCAAAAAAAAUAUAAAGUUACAAUAAAAAAAUUUAAAAGCAUGAAAUGUAAUUUUGAUCCACCAAGUGUUUGUGUCAUCUGCCUUUAGAUCCACCAAAGGGUUUGUUCCAUCUUCCUGUAUUGAGUUUGAAGGCAAAUUAAAUAUUGCUUCAUAUGUAUUAAUCUACCAAGAAUUAAUUUGUAGUAGCUUUCUUUUGCAAUAAAUUUAAUUUUAAGCCUAAUUACUUCCAAAGAUGCAUGUACCUCCUGAGGGCAAAUCUGUCAUUUUAAAAUUUAAUAUCUGUUUGCUAAGAUAAGAUGGCCCUUCAAACUUUAUAGCUUAUUUAUUGUUAAAUAUUUUUGAACCAUAAUUUUUAGAAUAACUACCUAAUUAACCACUAUUUUAACACAACACAACAAAAAGUAUACGACUCUUAAGUGUGAUGCUGAAAAUAAGAAUCCCAAGCACUUAGUUUUUACUUUGAGGAAAAUGUGUUGAUAUGAAGUACAAAAAAACCAAUAGUGGGUGCCAUAUAAGCUUAUCUUUUAUUUUCUUAAGUGUUUGACAGUGAAUUUUGUAUCACUAUUAUAUUAGUUCAGUACCUUUUCUAGUAUGUUGUUCUUUUUUUUAUUUUUAUAUUUGUACUUUACAAUGCGAGUUGUGUGCACCCUCUUUAUUUUAUAGAAUUCAUUUAAUUGCUGUUUUUAUCUUGGGCCUAUAGCUUGUGCCAUCAGAGGCAUGGGAUGACCCUUUGGUAGAGCUCUAGAUUUUAGAGCUUGUGAGCCAUAUUCAAGUCCAUGUGAUACCACAAAAUAUUCCCUGCACUUUAAGCUGUGAGUCAAUCCCUAGCAUGAAUGUCAGGGUGCUUCUCACUAAUUGCCUUAGUACUUUUGCCAUAAAUAUAAAAUACAAUAUUUGUUCUUUGUGAAAUAAGGGAAUUUAUGUUUUCCUUUCAAUUCACAUAUUUAAACAAAAAUGGUAUUCCACAUUUCUUAUAUAAAUCAAUUUGGUGUUUGAUCAUCAGAAACAUAUAUUUGCUCAUGUCCUAAAGACAAAUGUCUCUUUUAGUGUUGAAAAAUAAAAUACCCUGCUAUUUCAUGUGUUUUGUUCAAGAAAGGUAUAGUGUUAAAACAACUUACAGUAAUUUAUAAUCUGAAUAUUUUUAUUGAUAAUUAAUAUUUACUUGAAUGUGUAGUAUGGUACUACUGAAAAAUAAUUUUGAAGUCCACUUGCCAGAACUGUAAUAAGAGACAUACUGAAAAAAACUUAAGUGUACAUCAAAUAAGCUUUGUUAUUCAUAUUGCUAAUUUUGAUCUAUACUUACUCAUUCAAGAACUUAACUAUAUGAAAAUAUAUAGGUUAGAGGACACAUUUACUUAUUCACAAACAUUUUAUUAUUUAAGGACUUUUGUGAAAAUUUAUGGAUAUGAUAACUAAUCUUGAACUGAAAUUGUGUUUUUCUUAUUACAAUCACACACGUUCUGGGGUCUUUCCCCUUGGUAUUUUUAGGUCUGUUCAUGACUGAUGUUGCUGAAGAAUUUUUUUAAGUUUAACUUAAUGAGUUUUCUAACCUCAUCAUAUUUAGAAUUGAAAUUAAUUUCAAACAGGUACUUACCUCUAAAAUACCAAAGACAAGAAUAACAGCAAACUAGGAAAACAUGUUUAACAAUCUUAAGAUGUUUUUAAACAAAUUAAUUCCAUCAUCAUUGAUGUAUCUUGAGGAUUUCUGGCAAAGCAGAGAGGUCUAGGUCUACAGAAACAAGAGGUUUCCAGGUCUCAUAUCGAAUGUGUGACAGUUUCGGCACAAAGAAUGAGACAGGACAUGCAGAUGUACAAAAGGAACUAAUGUUUAAUUGAAAUCUUUACCAUUUACACAAAAACAACAAAGCACUACUGUACAGUACAAGGCAAGUGAUCAUGUGUUUAUGUGCUUCUUAGAAACGAAAGUAUGUGUGUGUGAGAAUAGCAAGAGCAACAAAGACUAAUUCAAUAAUAUUCUCUUGUUAGUGCAUGUUCUCUUCCCUGCCCUCUAGUAUCUUAGGCUAGAAUAUAAAAAUAUAAGAAUUACAAACAGAGGGUCUCUCUAAGUUAAAUUGUAACACAAUAAUUUAACUCUUGACUAAACCUUACCAACUAACAAUAAUAAUAAUAACAAUGUGUACCUCAAAUGAAAACCUAGGUUCCACUAUCUUAUGAGGCUAGUUAUACACUAUUUACUCACUGGCAAACUUAAACAAAUACUUAUCUAAAUUAUAGACAAAAGCCAACUGGUACCCACACAAAUGAAAAUGAAAAGUUACUUUAAAGUAACAAGAGAACUUGAGUUCUUAGAAAGUAAAACUACAUAAAAAUAUGCAAAUCUGUUAUUGGCAAUUGAAAGAAAAAACAUUAGUUAGAGUUUCCAAGUAGAAAUGAAUAUUUCAGAAACACUGAGUGGAAGUCUAAUGAAAGCCUGGUAAAAAUGUAGU